CUCAUCCUCAGGUCAGUGAAUCCAUUCUUUGCUUAAUGGAAAAUGGAAAAUGGAACAUAUUUUUACUUGAUGUUGUUUGAAAAUAUUGGGUACAUAAGAUAUGCCUUCUUUGGUUUGGGAAUUAUUUUAUAUUGUGCUAUUGUAUUCUUUAAUGCCCUUAUUAUUCUUGCAAUUUUUCUGGAAAGGACAUUGCACCAGCCCAUGUACAUUCUGAUUUCAUGUUUAUCCGUCAACUCUGUGUUUGGAACAGCUGCUUUUUUCCCAAGGUUACUGACAGACUUGCUGUCUGAUUCACACUCAGUCUCCCGUGAAGCAUGUAUCUUACAGGCUUUUGUCAUUUAUUCAUAUGCAACAAAUGAAAACACAAUCUUAAUGUUAAUGGCAUUUGACCGGUAUAUAGCAAUCAGUAAACCAUUACAAUACAACAACAUAAUGACCCCCAGGAUUUUAUCUGUUUUAAUAUCUAUAAGCUGGAUUUAUCCAAUGCUUUGUGUUGGUAUUGCUGCUAUAUUAAAUGCCAGACUCACGGUGUGUGGUAACAAACUGUGGAAGGUGUACUGUCACAACUGGGAAAUUGUCAAGCUUUCUUGUUCAAAUACUAUUGUUAUUAAUGUUUUUGGCUUUUUCAUAGCGACCACAACUGUUAUCAUGCCUUUAAGUUUUAUAUUAUACUCUUAUGUUAAAAUUCUUAUAAUUUGUAGAAAAAGCUCACUAGAUUUCAGGAGAAAAGCAUAUCAAACUUGUAUUCCACACAUAGUGAUCCUCUUAAAUUUCUCAGUAGCACUUUUUUGCGAGGUCACUUUGAGUCGGGUUGAAACUUUGGAACUCCCUAUAGGGCUGUCAAUCAUUCUUUCAUUAGAGUUUCUCAUUGUACCACCCAUCCUGAACCCUCUUGUUUAUGGUUUCAAAUUUCCUGAAAUUCGCAAAAAAAUUAUAUGGAUUAUAAAAGCCUGCAAAUAGCUCUAAUAGAUGCUGCACAGAAUGUUAACAAAGUUCAAUGAUUGUAUGAUUGUACUGUAUAAAUUAUGUUAUCAUGAUAUACAUUACAUUUUAUGAACCUGUGAAUUUGAGACUGCGUUUUCAUAUAAAUCUUUGCCACAAUUAUAUAUUUACUAUACAUUUUAUUUCAAAUUUAGCCUCUUAACUGGAUUCAUGACAUGGUUCAGACCCUCAAUUAAUUAAUAAUUACGGACACCUGAUUCUACUUACUAUACCCCUUAUCUAGCUGCUCACCUCACUCCCUCAUCGGUUGGUCUCAAGGUUGCAUGCCUUCUCUGCUCUCGCAAUGCACCUGCUUGUAUCCCCUAAGCGCCGUGUCUUGUUCUGUCCUGGAGGAAUUUCUGGAAGGAAUUGAGAUAAGGACUGUGAUUUCGCAGUUGAUGAGCUUCUUUGACUGUUUUGAGUUUGCACUUACUGUUUUGAUUCAAUCCUCUGCCUUCGAUAAUAAAGAAGCUUUUAAAUUAUCUUCCACUGUGUGCCUAUCUAUCUAGU